CGCACGCACACACAGACAAGCGCACUAACACGCUAGCGACCACUCACGCACACACACGCCGACUUUACCUUAUGUACGGCAACGUACACACGCGCAUUUUUACUUACUCACGCACGCUCACACACACACGUACAUACGGAAUAAUUUUCGUGUGCGCGUUGCUGCUGCUGCUGGUGGAACCGAAUCUCACCAGCUCGUACAACACUCGACGAUAAUAUACAACACACAAUACUAAUGCAAUAUAUGUAACAAUAUAUUGCAUUUUAUAAUUCACAAGUUAUUAAUUUAGUAAAUAUACGCGUUUUGAUAUCGCACGUUCGCCAAUACCGUUUGGGGUGUAAUAUUGUUUUUUUCCCGAACACGCGAUAUACCUACACUUUUUCUACAUUCAUAAAUAUACGCCGAAAAAAUGGCGUUGAAACGAAUCAAUAAGGUAAGUGGUUAUUCGUAAAUCGCGUUCAUUUUAUUGUUCGUCUGUCUGUACUGUCGUUCGUCUAUCGCGCGACAAGACCCGGUCCAAUUGACGUAUGAUUUGCGAAUUCCGUUUUGUCCCGUCCCUGACGAGAUUCAUGCGACGGCGGCGAUGGAUCCGUUGAACUCGUCCCUCCUGACCCGCGGCCUCUCGAAUUUGAACCUCAUGACUUAAAGUUCGUUUGUAAAACUGAAGUCAUUUUGGAUCAUUACUGGUCUUUAAUAUCUUCAGUACACCCGAAUUGUUCAUCAUCCGAUAAUUCCUUGUUUUUAUUAUCCUUAUUAUUAUUAUUUUUUUUUUUGUGUGUAAAUUAGGUUUAACAUUCUUUAUUAAAUGUUCUUAGUCCAAUAUUUGUUUUGUUUUUUAAUUUCCAUAAACAAUUAUUUUUAUUUUCUAACUUUUUCUUGUUUAUUUGUCAUAAUAGGUUUUAGGUACCUCUAUCAAUUUUAUACAUUCAUCUUUUUAAUUAUUUAAACUACAAAUAUUGUGUUAUCACAACACAAUCCAAAUCAUUCUGAGGUACCUAAGUAUAUGACAUUAGUACCUGUUAAACUAUUUUUGAUUGUUUUGUAUAAUGAUCAAGUUGCCAAUUUAAUUAUUGAAAACCUGUAGGUAUAUAAAAGUUACUUGUACUUAUAGGCUAAGUUUUUUUUUCAGUUUUUCUGAUACUAGUCGCCAUGUUUUUGAUAAAAUUCAUACCAAUUACUAUGCAAUUUUAUGUUUCCUGUACUAUCUGUACCUAUUAACUUUUAAUAAUAAAAGAAUUAUCAAAUCUCCUUAAGUACAUUUAUAAUCUAUAACUAUAAAACCUUAACAAUGAUUCAUAAAUUAUUUGAUUGUAUUUAAUCAAUGAUUAUUAUGAAAAUGAUAACAUUUUUAUUAGUUAAGUUUAAUAACUAGGUACAUAGUAUUAUUUAUUUAAUAUAUUAUGACAAUUUUGAUUAUUCAAUUUACAGUAUGUAAUCAACAAUUUUUACUUUUAAUUUUAUAAAUCUUACUGGAGGUAAAUCUGUAUAGUUUUAUGAGUUGUAUAAUUAAGCAUUAAAUUCAGGCAUCCAGAUAUCCUUUUUAUUUAUUAUGUUUUCUUAUCCUUUGGUGUUUAUUAUUUUCUUUGUAAUUUGAAAUUGUGACUUCUUAUAUUAUUUUUUGUGAUUAGUAGAAAUUUAAAGUACAUACCUAAAUAAUUAUCAACUUUUUCUCUGGUAGUUUUCAACAGUACUAUAGGUAUCUAGGUAGGUAUACCUUGAAGACUUUUGAUAAGUUUCAUCAUGUUUUAUUGUUACUAUUCACUUGAUGCAUUUUUCUAUUUUCAAAAUAAAAAAUUUUAGGUGUUUACCUCUUUGGUUAUCUUGACUACCAUAGGUAAUUAUUUUAGUCUUAAAUUACUGACUUGAUGUGUAACAAAUCGUGGUUUUUUUUCUUAAAAUCUGACAUGGACUCGCACUUGGGUAACAUUUUUUUUUUGGCUGAUGGAUGUUUGCACGUUAAAAGUAUUUAGGACUCACUACGAUUAUGAGCUCAUCGCUUUUAAUUGAACAUAUACCUCAAUUUGGGUACCUACUUAAUUAGGUAGUCGAGAUAACCAAAAAGUACCAAUAAUAAUAAUUAUUAUCAUUGCUUCAGUCACUCAAAGUACUUUGUGUUAAUAUUAAUUAUAUAUACCAUGUUAAAUUUUAGGGAGGGGAUGAAUGGAAAAAUAAUUAUUUAUGGUUAAUUUUAUUUCUAUUUCAAAAUAACUGAUAUUUACCUUAUAAUAAUGUAUUACACAAUUAUUUAUUUGUGCAUAUAGCACUCAGCAAAACAAAAUUAUAAAUUAAUAUCAGCACAAAACCAACUGUCAGAAGUCCUUAGACCUCCUGGUAUAUUUGGCAAAAAUAUCCCUACUUAGGACUACCCUUACAAACAUGCCCUUCAUAUAAGUUACAGUAAGAUAUUCCAUAAUUAAAAGUAUUUAAUAUCUUAAGUUUUGUACAAAAUUUUGGCAAAAAUAAAAUGCAAUGAACUAAAGUUAAUAAAACAAAUUGUUAUACUUUAUUAAUUUUAAAGUGUAGGAUUCUUGAGUUUUUAGAAAAUAUAUUAAUAAUUAAUUACUAACGGUAAUUUUUUUUUAAUACACCUACUAAAUUGUUUAACAAUGUACUUGUUUAAAAAAAAUGUAUUUACUAUAUACAUAUGGUUAUAAUAUAAUAAAUGGUCCAUAUGUUGAAGGUAUUAUUUUUUUCUUGUACAAUCUACCUAAUAUAAUUUAGUAUACUUGACAAUUAACAUUAACUAUGUUACUUUAAUAAUUUAUAUUUUUCACACAACUGAUACUUUAAACACAUUUAAGGAUUAAUUAAUAAAAUAUUUUUAAUUUUGAUGCUUUUUAGGAGCUUCAAGACUUGGGAAGAGAUCCACCAGCACAAUGCUCCGCAGGACCUGUAGGAGAUGACUGUAAGUGUACAAAUUAAUAAUUUAAUUACUAACUUACAAUAAUUGUGUAUCUAAAUUAAUAGUAAAAAGCAUAAUUAUUUUUGUUAAAAUUAAUUGUUUGGUUUAAAAAUAUUUUAUUGUAAUAUUAUGCAUUUUAAAAUUUAUAUAUAGAUAGUCAGUAUAGCUAUAUUAUUCUGCUAUAUUCAAUUUAAAAUUAUUAGUUGAUAAUUGAAACAUUUCCUAAGAAAAAUCUAAAUACUUUCCAUAAUUUUCAGAGAAAUGUAAUGCCAAUUUUGUCUGUUUAUUUAUCUUAUAUCAUUAAUCAUUCAUCAGUAAAGACUAAAAUUUAAAUACUAAAAUAAAAUUAUAUGUUAUCAUUGUAUUAUAUUAAUAUUUAAAAAAAAGAAAAAGUAGUUAUAAUAUUAUUGUUAAUUUAUAAAUUGUAUUGAAUAAAGUUGGUAUAAUAUAUAUUUUGAAUUAAAUUUUAUGGAAAUAAACUCAAAUUUUUAAAAACAUUAGGUAUUUCAUUAUAUUAUUUAGUUUCCUUUAUUUUACACAAUUUAAUUUUUGUGAAUAUAUUUAUAAAUACAUUAGCAUUUUGCUUAAUUUAUAUACAUAUAUAUAUAUAUAUAUAUAUAUAUAUAUAUAUAUAUCACCAAUAUGUACAAAUAGAUCAAUUGCAAUAAAUUAUGAUACCAAAUAGUUGUUAUAGUCUUCCUUCAGAUGUAGAAAAAAUACAAUUGGAAAUAUUAAUUAUAUACACAUUUCAGUGUUCAGGAUUAUUAUAUUUUGACGAGAUGUUCUGGGUAGAUUAUUAAGUAGUUGGGUACCAAUUAUUGGCCAAGUUCUAAUUUUAAUUUAUAUAAAUACUGGAUAUCAAGUAUUAGUUGUGUCAUAAUAUCUAUAGAACCUCCAUGUCUUGUGUACAGACAAGCUUCUAGCAGUCAAGUAACAAUAUCAACUAAAGCCGAGAUCCUGUGUAUUGUAUAAUACUGUGACAAACAAUUAAUUAAUAAAAAAAGAAAAUGAAAAUAGAGUAUCUAGUAGCCAUUAGGUAGUCAAUCUAUACAAAUAAAUUUUAUAAGUUUUGUUCAAUAAAUAAUAUAUUAUUUUAUUGUAAUAAUUAUUUUUUUUUAUAUUGUUAAAUUAGACAGUGAGUCGUGUACCAGGUAUAGCCAGGGAAAGCAAUAUUAUUAUGCUAAGUUAUUAUUAUGCUAAGUACCGAGUAAUAAUUUAUAUACCUACCAAGUAUUGGUCUAGUACUGAAUAUGUUAUAUCAAGUACCCGGUUAUAUUACUUAAUGGCAGAAUACACCCAAAACAUUUAAUUUUUUGACAGUGUCAAUUUUUUAUACACUUGUAAAUAUUAAAUAUUAGUUUACUAAGUUCAAAUUUCACUUUUUACAUUAUAGUAACAACUCAGGGUUUAUCAAAUUUCAUGUUACAGCCAAAUUGUCUAUGAAAUACUAUUUUUAUAUAAAUGAUUUAUGUUAAAUCUUUUUUGAAUCAUUAUUCUAAAAUAUUAUAUUGGCCUUAUUUUUGGGGAUGGAACAAUUAUCUACUUUUAAUUUUCAAAUGGUAACUUGUAUUGAAAAUUACAUAAAUAGAUAUAUUAGAUAGAGUAUUAGUUAAAGUGAAUUUUGGUAUUAAACAUUUUUUCCGUAAACCAGUUGACAACAUACAAUGUAUAUUUUAUUUUUAAAAUUGGGUAUAGAGAGAGUAGUGAAUUUGAUAAAUCUUAUAUAAAAUACAAAUUUUCAAUACACAAUAGUUAUUUAGCUUAUAAUAUUAAUGUGUAAUAUCAGUGUACUUAAGCUUGAGAACACGUGAUACUCCUAUUGUCUGUCAAAAUCUAAUUAACAGACAAUAUAGUUAACUUGCAUUACUUAGAAUAUAAAUUGUGGCGUUUUGGUUGAAAUUAAAGUUUAAACACAUAACAAAAUUUAAAAAAAAAAAUAAUAAUUCUGAGUAGUGUUUAUAAAUUUUUUGAAAAAGUUUGUAUUAAAAAAAUGUAUAGCUUUGCUAGUUUUUGGUUUUGUUUUUAGUGGUUAACUUGUAUGACAUUAAAAAAAAACAACAUACAGUCCUCAAAAAUAUUCUCCUCUUAACCUUUAACUGGUAUUGGUACUAGUAUUAUUAAUGACCCGAUUAAAAUUUUUUUUUCAUAUCAUUAUAUUCUAUGUAUUCAAGUUAAUAUUUUCCAUUUAAUUAUACUGUUUGUUUUAUCAAAUAUUAGUAUUUUAUACAAUUUUUUUUAUAACUGCAAUUUUCAUAUAAAUAAGUUUCUAAUUAAUUAUUUUUUAUAAACAUACACAUUCAAAUUUGAACUACUUAAGGGUUUUUAUUUUAGUUUAGACAUUAUAUCCACAAAAUAAAAUAAAAUCAUAAAUAUGAUUGUAAAUUAUUUAAUUCUAAAAAAAAAAUACCAACACUUUUUGUACCUUUCAAGAUAUUUUUUUUUAUAUAUAUCAAAUUAUAAACAAAUUUCAAAGCUUAAAUUAGAAAAUAGUAUGAAUAUUCACUAUGUGCUAUGUUAUUGUCACCCUUCUCAGGCUUAAAUACUAACUUGAGAUGAAGUUUGAAAAUAAUAUAACUUAUUUUUCUGAUGAAAAGAUAUACAAAAAAAAAAAAUAUACAUAACUUCUAUCUUCUUCAUGUUAUAAAUGAUUCGAAACAGCUUUGAUGAUAUCAGCAACGUAUUAUUGUGUUUGAUCAGGAAAUACGAGAAAAAGUGGAAAACAAAAUCUUUGGGUAAUUUUUGAUCUGACAAUACUAGUUAAGAUUAAGGUUAAAAUGUUUUUUAUUUUUAUUAACUCUUUAAUUUUAAACUACACACCCGACAUGUUCUCUAAGGACCAUUUUAUUAAUCUUCAAUUAAAUGUCUAGUUAACAAAUCUUGUAUUAAAACUAACUGUUGAUUAAAAAAAUAAUGAUUUUAUUAAUUAUUUUUAUUCUGAGGUUAACUAAUCUAGAUUUAACUAAUUGAAAUACAAUUUACUAUUGAAAUGCAUUAAUUGAUGUUAGUUACAUCGGUAAUAUGAAUGUUACCUACCUCAUCAAUGAGUUGUUACUUGUUAUCACAAAAUAUUGGUUUGCCAAAUCUAUUCUAUAAUUUUCAUGUUAUUUUACAAUUGCAGAAUUUUUUUUUAUUUUUUCUGUAUAAAUAAUGUUCAAAAUUGAAACUAAUAUUAUAGGAAUAUACAUUUAUAAUUUCUUAUUGUUUUAUAUUUUUAUUAUAUUAUUCACAAGGAAUUUCAAAAUAAAACGAGAGCAUUCUACCAAUUUUAUCAUCUGUGAAUCGGAACUUCUAGUUAACUUAUUUUUGACUUGACAAAAAAAUUGAUGCUACUACUGCAAACAUUAAAAAUAAAACAUAGACUGUCGAAAACAUUCAAUAAUAAAAAAUAAGAAUCUAGAAUUAAGUCAAGUUGAUUUUAUGUAAUGUUUAGACAAUAUCAAAUAGGUAGGUUAUAAAACAAGUUAGAUAAUUUUGAAAUUUAAUUUGUUGGUACUUAAGUUCAAUUAAUUAAAAAAGAAUCAACGAAAGUAAAAAACCUCGAAAUUAAUUAAACACAAAAUAUUAUCACAUGAUAUUUACUGAUAACAUUGUACCUAAUCUCUAGUUAAACUCCUAACUGGGCAAAUAUCUCGGAUUACCUAUUCUACAGUUGAAGUCCGGUUAAAAUCUUAUCCAUGUGAUGAUAAUAAAAUGAUACAAUUUUCCUAUGUUGCCUGUUAAUUAAAUUGAGACAGAAAUGCAGGUGUAACAUUAUCAUAUAACUAUUUUUUUUGUUUUUCUAAUUAUUUAUUUUUACAUUUCAAAUACACCAUGAUAACUUCUUAGAACUUAAGUUAAAAUUAAAUCUACUUUAUUGUGUAACUAAAAUAUUAAUAACUAUUUUUGAUGUCAGAUAGGUACCUAUUAUUUUAUGAAGAUUUUUAACUUUAACUUAUACUAAUACAAUGCACAAAACUAGUGUCAUAUAAUAUUACAGUGCCAUUUUUGCUAUGCCUAUUUAUUUUAAAAAUUAUUUACUGUAUUAUACUGGGGUUUUUUUAUAUUUUCAGUAUUUCAUUGGCAAGCAACCAUUAUGGGACCAGUAAGUUUCAUUAGAAUAAAAUUAUUAUAUUUGCUCUGUUAAAUGAAAAUAUAUAAUUCAUACUAAAAAUUAUUUUUUAGCCCGAUAGCCCAUAUCAAGGUGGAGUGUUUUUCUUAACUAUUCAUUUUCCUACGGAUUAUCCAUUUAAACCUCCUAAGGUUGGUACACUGUAAAAACUUAUGUUAAUUUAUUUACUUUUUAUUAAUUUAUUUUUCUUUUAUUAGGUUGCUUUCACAACUAGAAUUUAUCAUCCGAACAUAAACAGUAAUGGUAGCAUUUGUCUUGAUAUUCUACGGUCUCAGUGGUCACCAGCAUUGACUAUAUCAAAAGGUAAAUAAAUAUUCCAUUUAUACUAAUUUUCAUCAAUAUUUAUUUAAAACAAAUUAUUUCAGUUUUGUUGUCCAUUUGCUCUUUGCUGUGUGAUCCAAAUCCAGAUGAUCCACUUGUUCCCGAAAUCGCUAGGAUAUACAAAACUGACAGAGAAAAGUACAAUGAGCUAGCCAGGGAAUGGACCCGCAAAUAUGCAAUGUGAUGUUUCAAAAUAUAUUGCCUGUCCAUCUAUAAGAUAAACAUUCUUUUUUUUUGCCCUGUACAAUUAAAAAAAGAUCAAUAAUACAAUUAUUUCAAUCUCCAACUCUGGUAAAAUAAAUAUGACGGUCACACUAUUGAAAAGUACUUUAUAUAGUAUGAUUUUGGAAAUAUUUUAUUCAUAUUGCCUAUACAUGUUUUUUUUUUUUUUUUUUUUACUUAUCACUUUGUCUAAAAGUUAAACAUAUUUAAGUGUCUCAUAAUAUAGAGAACAAAUUUAAAAUAACAUGGUGUUUAUUUAGUAGUUAACUUUAAUAAUUAUUCAUAUAUAUUUCGGGAUAAAAGUAAAAUAUUCAUGUGCUGGUGGCAAUUUAUAUAACUGUCUUAACACAUUCAAUACAUAAUUCUAAUAUCAUUUAUAGUUCUUCAUUAUUAUUUAUUUUAUUGUAGUUUUAACAAAUUUUUUUAAUAGUUGAUCUACUUAUUUCAAAUUCAAUAUUUUGUAUGCGGCAUUGUUGCUGAUAUUUUUAUUAAAAUAUUACCUAUUACAUACCAUGAGGUACUAUUCAUACUUUUUAGACUUCAAUUUUUUUUUAUAAGUCAGUUCAAUAAAUUCAACCCAUUUUCAAUAUUACAUUUUUAAUGUCACUUGGAUUAUAAUUUCUUUUGUGUUAUUUAAUAUCUUAUAACGUUUAAUGAUAUAUUAAUUUUACCACAUUCAAUGAUACUUUUACCAUUGCUGUGAUAAUUGUGAUAAUGAUACAUCAAGGUUUCAGAGGUGUAUACAUGAGAAGAGGAUUUAAAGAUCUAAUCCCCAUUGUUUUUUUGUUUACAUUGUAUGUAGAUUAAAAAAACUUGCUCAUAAGACAAUUAUUGUUGGAUACUGAUAUCCCUUUAUACAAAAGUUAUGUGUAUACCACUGCUAAUUUACAAACAUUGGUGGUUAUAUUAGGUAUGCAAAUUUAAAAUGUUAUAACUGAAAAUGGUGAUUGUAGAUAAAAAUAAUAAUGUAUUUUUGUAAAAUAUAUUAUUCUAAAAAUUUGAAUGUAUCAUUCAUUCAUAUUCGAGUAAUAGUUUGUUUGUAAAAGUUGUUGUUUCAAUUUCUAUAAAAUUAGUGUGAGAAUAAUUAAUUUUCAAUAGAAUAACACGUUGAGCCCUGAUCAGUCAAUGUGAUUGACCAUCAAGACUGACAAUAUUCAGACAAUUAUUAUUGAAAUGUGUAUUGUAGUAAUUGUUCAUUUAAUAUUGUUAAAGAAAUAUUUGCAUUUUAAAUAAAACUUCAUCAAUUUCUUUUAAUUUAUCAGUUAUUUUCAUAUAGCAGUCAUGUUUUUUAAUUCUAUUUUUGUACAUAUUACUUUUUAUUUUCUAUGUAGCAUGUAAACACUACAAUAUAAAUGAUAUUUAACUUCCAACAAAAUUUGUGAGUUCAUUUUUGACUAAGAUAUAAAAUUUACAAGACCAAAAAGAUAUUACUUGCCCACAUCGUUCGACUCGAUCAAUUGAUAUAUAUGUUCAUUCAUAUGCAUACAUGGUUGGUUUUGAAUGACAAUUGGGUCUUUACACGAUAGUCGAUAAGAAAUCACAAUCAGCAAGGUAUAUCCUUGUUUUCUAUUGAAUAUUAAUUGUUUUCACGCCUAUUUUCUAGAAAUUAAAACUGCUUAACUAAUAAACUAUUAAUUCGAUUUAAAUGUAUGAUACAUCCAAAUUUUUAGAAUAAUAUAUUUUAUAAAAUGGCUAUCUUGAACAUUUUUAAAAAGUGAAAAAAUAAAAAGUUUUUUUCAGUGAGAAGCGAUAAAAAUGAAAACUUAAUUUUUCUCUGCAUUUGUGUCCCCUUGUUACAAAACCUAAUAGAAAAACAAAAAUUAAUAUUGACUAAAAGUUAUUGGCAUAAAUAAUACAGUAGGACACCUUUUAUAUAUAAUUUAUGAUCUGGGAGAGUUAAUGAGUAUAUAGCUCUGAAAUAAUACAAAUUUUAAUUUGUAUUAUUUUAUUAUUAUAUACUAUAAGCUAAUAAAUAAUUAAAACAUAUUUUUGUUAAACCUUUUUUUUAAAAAUACCAUUAAUUGUGUCAAUUAACAAUAUCUAAUACCUAAAAAGAUAGCCAGACAUUAUUAUUAAAGUAAUUGUAAAUCAAUUAAAGUCUUCUACAUUUAUUAUUGUAGAUAGUUUUAGGUUUUUUUUUUUUUCAGACUCUAGCAAGUUUGAAGAAAUAUAAUUAUAUAUCUGAUAUCAGAUAUUCUGAUAUCAAAAAAUUAAUUGAUAUAAAUUGAUAAAUUGAUCAAACAAUUAUUUUUCCAAUAUUUAUCAAUAGUUAUUUUGAAUCUUAUUGGAAAUGAAAUAAUUACUGCUCUAGUAUAAUUUUAUCCUUCUCUUAAUUCUACUUGCAUCAAUUUGUUUAUAAUUAUCAAAAUAGUUAUAUUUAUAACCAAAAUUAAAAUACUUAAUAUAAAAUAACUAUAUUAAAUAAAUAAAUCACAUCAUUCAAAAAAUAAUAAUCAUAACUUUAUAAUCUAAUUUUACCAAUUCUAAACAAUACAUACCACUAAAUACAUACUACUAAGUUUUUGCAUUCAAAUAUUUGAUUUUAUUUUGGGCAUAAAGUCACUAACAUUACUUGCUCAUUUAUUAACUUACACUUUCAAACUAAAUAUUUUACAGUUGAUGAAUUUUUAAAAUAUCUAAUUAUGAAGAAGUCUGUCUAAUUUUAAUGUCUCUUUCAAAGCUGUAGAGCAUUUAUUAUUAUAUUAAAAUGAUUACUCUAGAUAGUGCAAAAAUCUGAAAAUUGUUAAAUUUGUUGUUAGUGAGUUUUUGUUACAAGCCGACAAUAAGCAUUUAGUUAAAAGAUGUAAUUUGAAUAUACAAAAUAAACCGGAAAAUUAUUAUAUAGAAAUCAAACAAAUUAUUGCAUAAGUUUUUUUUACCACAUGUGGCUUUAGAAAUGAAUAUGAUUAAACUAUAAAUAGUUUUAAUUAAUUAAUAUUAUGAAAACUAUUUUUUAUUUUUUUGAAACCUUUACAAAAUAAUACUUAACCAUGAGUAUUAUUAUAUUCACAUAAAGGCACACCUUUCUAUAAAUAUAUUUUUUUCCCAUGCUUUUGAUAAAAUUGAUCAUGAGAAAUUCAUAUCCUAUAAUAUUUAUAGGCCACAGGUUUACAUUAUUAUUUUUGAAUGUAUCUUAUUUUUUUUUAUAAAAAGUAUUAAUUAUUUAAUUUUUAUCAUUACUUUAUAAAUCCUGCUGUUUUAAUUAAGCCCGUGUUCAAGUUAUAGUGAUUAGUGAUGUGUUAUUUAUUGUAUGUUCAUGCAAUUUGUUUAGAUGUUCCUUAUUGUACUUAAUAUAAAUUGGCCAAUAAAUCAAUAAGACAUUAUUUUCCUACAAAUAUUUUAAAUAUUUUGUCAUAGUCCCAAUUUAAUACAUUUUGUGUAUUGUUUAAAUUCGCCAAUUCUAUCCCCAUUUGAACUAAUAGAAUAAAUUACAUUUAAUGUCGUAUUACUGAGAUUUUAUAAAUUAUAAUUUAAUUUGGUAUUUUCUAAAACUAUUUUUUUUUAAUAACUAUACGGUUAUCCAUAAUACCUAUAUUAUAUAUCUAUUUCAUAAUAAUACGAUAGAAUCAAUUUACAUAUUUACAUUAUUAAUGAAUUUAAAUUCUUAUAUGUACAUAUUUUAAUAUUGAAAAAAAAAAAUUGUG